AUGGAGCCCUCGUGGCCCGUCCGGUUGCUGCUGGUGGUCAGCGGCUGCUGGUCCCUCCCUCCGACGGCCGGGUCCGUCUGCCCGGAGCGGUGCGACUGCCAGCACCCCCAGCACCUCCUCUGCUCCAACCGGGGCCUGCGGGCCGUGCCCAAGACCGGCGCCCUGCCCAGCCCCCAGGAGGUGCUGACCUACAGCCUCGGGGGCAACUUCAUCGCCAACCUGACGGCCUUCGACUUCCCCCGGCUGGCCCAGCUGCGGCGGCUGGACCUGCAGUUCAACCAGAUCCGCGCCCUGCCCCCCAAGGCCUUCGAGAAGCUCUCCCGGCUGGAGGAGCUGUACCUGGGCAACAACCUGCUGGAGGGCCUGGCCCCGGGCAGCCUGAGCCCGCUGGGCAAGCUGCGGAUCCUCGACGUCAACGGCAACGACCUGGGCCGGCUGAGCCGGGGCGCCUUCGACGGGCUGGGCGGCCUGGUGCGGCUGCGCCUCGACGGCAACGCGCUGGCGGCCCUGGCGGACUCCACCUUCGCGCCCCUGGGCAACCUGCUCUACCUGCACCUGGAGUCCAACCGGCUGCGCUUCCUGGGCAAGAAGGCCUUCGCGCAGUUGGGCAGGCUGCGCUUCCUCAACCUCUCGGCCAACGAGCUGCAGCCGUCGCUGCGCCACCCGGCCGCCUUCGCCCCGCUGCGCGCCCUCACCACGCUGGUCCUCUCGGCCAACGGCCUGCAGCAGCUGGGCGGCCGGGCCUUCCAGCACCUGCCCCGCCUGGCCCAGCUCUUCCUGAGCGACAACCGGCUGGCCCAGCUGGCCCCCGACGCCUUCCAGGGGCUGGGCGCCCUGCGGGAGCUGCGCCUGGACGGCAACCGGCUGAGCCUCCUGCCCCCGACGCUGCUGGACCCGCUGCGCAACCUGGAGGCGCUGGACCUCAGCCGCAACGCUCUGUCCGCCCUGCACCCGGCCGCCUUCGGCCUGCUGGCGCGGCUGCGGGAGGUCAACCUCCGCCACAACGCGCUGAGCUGGCUCUCGGGCGAGACCUUCGCCGCCAGCCCGGCCCUCUACCGCCUGGACCUCGACGGCAACGGCUGGACCUGCGACUGCCGCCUCCGGGGGCUCAAGCGCUGGAUGGGCGCCUGGCACUCGCAGGGCCGGCUCCUCACCGUCUUCGUGCAGUGCCGCCACCCGCCCGCCCUCAGCGGCAAGUACCUCGAUUACCUGGACGACCUGCAGCUCAGGAACGGCUCCUGCCCGGACGCCACCUCCACGACGCCCUCCUCCCCCUCCCCGCUUUGGCCGACGGCAGCCGCGGCCGGGCGGGGAGGGGGGGCGGGGACGCCCCCUGCAGGCGGGAGCGGGGAGCAGCCGCCGCCGCAGCCACAGCGGGGGGCGCCCCCUACCGGCGGGGCCGGGGAGCAGCAGCAGCCGCGGCAAGGAGCGCCCCCCGCAGGCCGGAGCGGGGAGCGGCCGCCGCCGCCGCAGCAGCCUUGGCCGUCCCGGGCCGCAACCGGAGCGGGCCCCGCGACCGCGGCGUCCCGGCUCCGCCGCCUUCGCCUCCGAAGGGGGAGGCCGACGGCCCCGCCGCCCGCCCGCGCCCCCUGGCGGCGGGCGGGCGGCCCCCGGGCGGCGCCGUCGCCGGCGGGCGCCCCCUGGCGGCGUCCGGGGGCCUCCGCCGCCCCCUCCGCCGCCCCCUCCGCCGCUCCUCCGCUGGUGUCCGACCCCUGCGACUUCAACAGGUUGAUCCUCUGCAACCUGACGGUGGAGGCGGCGGGCCCCGACACGGCCACGGUGCGCUGGGCCGUGCGGCCCCACCGCAGCCCCCGCCCGCCGGGCGCCGCCCGCUUCCGCCUGCUCUUCGACCGCUUCGGCCAGCGGCCGCCGUUCCGCCGCUUCGUCUACCUGCCCGAGCGCAGCGCCGCGGCCACCCUGCGGGAGCUGCGCGGCGACACGCCCUACCUGGUGUGCCUGGAGGCCGUGCUGGGCGGCCGGGUCUGCCCCGUGGCCCCCCGCGACCACUGCGCGGGGCUGCUCACGCCGCCCCAGCCGCCGCCCCCCGCCCCGGCCCCGGCCCUCGACUACCGCCUGCUCAGCCUGGCGCUGCUGGCGCUCAACGCUGUGCUAGGCGCUGCGGCGCUGGCCGCCUGGAGCCGCCGCUGGCUGCGGAGGAGGCUGCGGGGCCGCAGGAAGGCGGCGGGGCCCGGGCUGGGCCCCGGCUCCGGGCCCGGGCCCGUCCGCCACGUGUACUCCUCCCGCCGGCCGCUCCGCUCCACCGGCACCGGCGUCUCCAACGACUUCUCCGGCUUCCAGCCCCACCGGCCCCGCGCCGCCGUCUGCGCCCUCGGCGAGGCCGACCUCAUCGACUUCCCCUGCGACCGCUUCGGCGACAGCGGCCGGAGGGAGGACCUGCUCGCCCAGCGCUUCGCAGACUAGGCCCGCGGGGGAAAGGGCACGCCCGUCCUGGUGGACCCCCGACCCACCCGCCUUCCCAACCGGCCGGGGAGGUGGUGUCCUUUCCAGCCACCCCAGCCGAGACACGAGUUCACCUGCGACCGCUUCGACAGCGGGAGGACCACCUCGUCCCAGUGCUUCGCCCACUAGUCCCGCGUGGGAAACGCUCCGCCGGUCCUAGUGGACCCCUGACUGACCUGCCGGGGGGUGGUGUUCUUUCCAGCCACCCCAGCCGAGACACGAGUUCACCUGCGACCGCUUCGACAGCGGGAGGACCACCUCGUCCCGGUGCUUCGCCCACUAGUCCCGCGUGGGAAACUCUCCGCCGGUCCUAGUGGACCCCGGACUGACCUGCCUUCCCAACCUGCCGGGGGGUGGUGUCCUUUCCAGCCACCCCAGCCGAGACACGAGUUCACCUGCGACCGCUUCGACAGCGGGAGGACCACCUCGUCCCGGUGCUUCGCCCACUAGUCCCGCGUGGGAAACUCUCCGCCGGUCCUAGUGGACCCCUGACUGACCUGCCUUCCCAACCUGCCGGGGGGUGGUGUCCUUUCCAGCCACCCCAGCCGAGACACGAGUUCACCUGCGACCGCUUCGACAGCGGGAGGACCACCUCGCCCCGGUGCUUCGCCCACUAGUCCCGCGUGGGAAACUCUCCGCCGGUCCUAGUGGACCCCGGACUGACCUGCCUUCCCAACCUGCCAGGGGGGUGGUGUCCUUUCCAGCCACCCCAGCCGAGACACGAGUUCACCUGCGACCGCUUCGACAGCGGGAGGACCACCUCGUCCCGGUGCUUCGCCCACUAGUCCCACGUGGGAAACUCUCCGCCGGUCCUAGUGGACCCCUGACUGACCUGCCGGGGGGUGGUGUUCUUUCCAGCCACCCCAGCCGAGACACGAGUUCACCUGCGACCGCUUCGACAGCGGGAGGAACACCUCGCCCCGGUGCUUCGCCCACUAGUCUCGCGUGGGAAACUCUCCGCCGGUCCUAGUGAACCCCUGACUGACCUGCCUUCCCAACCGGCCGGGGAGGUGGUGUCCUUUCCAGCCACCCCAGCCGAGACACGAGUUCACCUGCGACCGCUUCGGCAGAGGGAGGACCACCUCGCCCCGGUGCUUCGCCCACUAGUCUCGCGUGGGAAACUCUCCGCCGGUCCUAGUGAACCCCUGACUGACCUGCCUUCCCAACCGGCCGGGGAGGUGGUGUCCUUUCCAGCCACCCCAGCCGAGACACGAGUUCACCUGCGACCGCUUCGGCAGAGGGAGGACCACCUCGCCCCGGUGCUUCGCCCACUAGUCCCGCGUGGGAAACGCUCUGCCAGUCCUAGUGGACCCCGGACUGACCUGCCUUCCCAACCGGCCGGGAGGUGGUGGCUUCCCCGGCCACCCCAGCCAAGACACGAGUUCCCCUGCGACCGCUUGGACAGCAGGAAGACCACCUCGCCCCAGUGCUUCUUCGCCCACUAGUCCCGCGUGGGAAACGCUCCGCCGGUCCUAGUGGACCCCCGACUGACCCGCCUUCCCAACCGGUCGGGAGGUGGUGUCCUCCCUGGCCACCCCAGCCAAGACACGAGUUUGCCUGCGACCGCUUCGACAGCGGGAGGACCACCUCACCCCAGUGCUUCGCCCAUUAGUCCGCAUGGGAAACGCUCCGCAGGUCCUAGUGGACCCCCGACUGACCUGCCUUCCCAACCGGCUGGGGGGCAGGGUCCUCUCCAGCCAACCUAGCCAAGGCACCAGUUCCCCUGAGACAUCUUCGAUGGCAGGGACGGCUGACGGGAGGACCACCUCGCCCCAGUGCUUCACCCACUGAUCCCGCGUAGGAAACGCUCCGCUGGUCCUAGUGGACCCCCGACUGACCCGCCUUCCCAACCGGCCGGCGGGCAGGGUCCUCCCCGGCCACCCCAGAAAGAGCCCAGCUCCUCCGUCCACCUCGGCUGUGACACGAGUUCCCUGAGACAUCUUCGGCGGGGGAGGCAGGCGGGAAGACCACCUCGCCCCAGUGCUUCACCAACUAGACCCGUGUGGGAAACGCUUCGCCAGUCCUAGCGGACCCCCGACCGACCUGCCUUCCCAACCAGCUGGGGGGUGGUGUCCUCCCCAGCCACCCCAGAAGGAGCCCAGCUCCUCCAUCCACCUCGGCCGUGACACGAGUUGCCUUGAGACAUCUUCGAUGGUGGGGGCGGCCGGCGGGAGGACCACCUCGCCCCAGGGCUUUGCCCACUAGUCCCGCGUGGGAAACGCUUCACCAGUUCUAAUGGACCCCCGACCGACCUGCCUUCCCAACCAGCUGGCAGGCAGGGUCCUCCCCGGCCACCCCAGAAAGAGCCCAGCCCCUCCGUCCACCUCAGCCGUGACACGAGUUCCCCUGAGACAUCUUCGGCGGGGGCAGCAGGCAGGUGGACCACCUCGCCCCAGUGCUUCGCCCACUGAUCCCGCGUGGGAAACGCUCCGCCGGUCCCAUUGGCCCCCGACCGACCCGCCUUCCCAACCGGUCAGGGUUGGGGUCAGACGGACAGAGGAUGGAGACGGGGUUUACCCCGGCCACCCCAGAAGGAGCCCAGCUCCUCCGUCCACCCCAGCUGCGACAACCCGAGGUGUCUAAUAAAUAGAGCCCAGGCCUGGGAAGCAGAAGGACCUGGGUUCUCAUCCGCGGCCCGGCCUCUUGUCUGCUGGGUGACCCCGGGCCGGUCACUUCACUUACCUGAGCCCCCUCAUUGGUCAAGUGGGGAUGAAGAGCUCCAACCCCAUUCACCCCUUUCGACUCCAACACUCAGUAUCGAGUCUGGCACAUAGUAAGCACCUCACGGGGCCUGGCGCUUAGUAAGCUCCUCACCCCUGCCAUGAAUAAAAAAGUAAGCCAGAGGCAGGUCCGGCCCCAGCAGGUGAUACCUUUCCCCUUGGUGGUCCAGGGGUUGACUUGCUGGGGCUCUGGGUUUCCCAGCAGCGGCCACGUGGCGUGUCCAAGGAGAAGGAGGAUUCCUCUUGAUAUCGCUCUCCAGAUUACUUGACUUAAUCUAACGGGAUCACAGAAAGAGAGGAAUAAAAUAGCUUUCUUUGAAGACGCUGGGCCCACCACCCCUGUCGAGGCUAGAAAGUAGACACGAAACGGUGCACGGUGGAUAGUGACCAUCCAGACGAUGGCGAUUCGUUUUUUCAGUCCGAGGUGAUUCAGCUGUGUUGAAGGAUUGCUUGGGGUACUUUUGACUUUAAAUAUUAAAGAAUAACAAUGGCAUUCUCUUGACAGAAACGUCAAGGGAAGUCUACCGUUUCACAUGGACUCUGACAUUUAAAAAGCAGACUGAGGACAUGGAUAUUUUCUAGGCACGUGCUCAAGGCGGUCCAUUUGAGAUUCACUCAGUGGCAUAACCAUUCAGUUUACAAACUCUGAGGACGAGUCAGACCAUGUAGUUUCUAUCGGACGAGUUGAGCGAUGUGUUCGUAGAAUGGAAGACUUCUCUGGGAAGAGUAGAAACCCUUUUCUAUCUAUGAAUGGGAAAGGAGACUUGCACCCAGGCUCGAGGGAAUGCACAUGGCUGACGGUCAUUAUGAAGAAGCCGAAAGUGAAAUUGGUUCAAUAUGUCGACUACACCAAUAAUGUAGUUUAAACAGGUAGGGAUAAAUGCUGUUGGGCAGGUUACUUUUGAUCAUGACACUUUACGGGUGCUCCAGUUCUGUGAGUACCUAGAAGAUGAACUGUCUUCAGCCUAUAUGGCAGGACUCCAGAGGCGAAGAACUGUCGACUGAUGGGCGACAAAGCUGUGUGGCCACUUAACGCCUCCCUCCCCGUUGGCUGUUGUUGGGAGAUUUUAUAGAAACAAUGUGAAACAUUCAUAUGCCAGUGAAUAACGAUGUUUCCACUAAAACUAGAAAUAAGCCUAUAAAUACUUAUACCUCACUGUGAAAUUCUUAAUUUUUGUAUUUCAUUCCUAUGCUUCCCUGUGUUUUACUCAGUUCUUGAAAAUGACUGGUCUCUUGUAGUUUUUAAAAUGUUUUUAUCUCAAUCUAAAGGGUUGAAAUUAUCGAUAACUGUAAUUCUUUUUCUUCGUAGUACUUAUAGAAGUUUGAAUUCAACACAGUUUUUUUUAUUAAUGAUUUGUGUGAGGUCUAAAAAUGCAGUCAUUUAGGAGGGUCUCAAUUAUGGUAGGUUAGGGGUGGGUGGUGGUCUAUGUUUAGGGCUUCACUAAACUGGUGCUAGUUUGAUUUUGAAUAAUUUUGUUUAGUGCCUUAAAAACACUUCCAGGGGAACUAGAUGGCUCAGGGAAUCAAUAGUACUCGAGGAGCCUUUCAGUGUUAGAUCAGGGGUUCAUAUUUGGUCCAUAUUGAGCCAGUGACACUAACUUCUGGUUGUAAAGGGAACCAGGAAUAUGCUGUAUUUGAAUGCUUACCAGACGAGAUCACCUAAAAGCCCAGCUACAUUUAUGAGUUUGGUUGGCAGGCAGGCCCAUUUGUAAGGGUUGGAACCCCCCUCUAGGGUUGAUGAUUGCAGGUGAGGUUUAAAUCAGUUGGUCUCGCAAAAUGGCAAAACUCACAUUGCUUUUUGUCCAGGAGAGUUCUACUUUUUGGACGACAGAGCACUUCUAAAAAGAGGGCUGUCGACCCAGCGUCUUUCACAGUUAGUUACUAUUCUUUCUUCCUCUCUGGAACUACUCAAAUUCUUUACUGAUUUUGUGUGUGUAUGUGUGUGUGUGUGUGUUGUUUGCCCACUUAAUUAAGAACAGAAAAUCCAUGGGUGGUUUUUGUUUUCAGAUUUAAUUGACUGCUGUUAAUCCGCAAUCUCUGCAUUCCAUUUUUGAAACUAAUCACUGGAUAUUCUUCCAAUGGGAGAUGCAAAAUGCUGUACCUGGUUAUGAUCAGUUAUGUCAAUAAACACAUUUGCUAAUGGGAAAAGUUUAUGGUUGAAAUUAAAAAAUGUAUUUUUCAUGUUUUCAUAACAA